CUAGGGGGCGCAGUUGAGAAUUGUGCACAACUUGUAGAAGAAAACAGACGAACGUAAACGAAGGAGUAGUCCGCCAUCUUCCUGAGGUCAAGUCGGCACUGACGAUGCCGAGACAUUGCUCAGCGGGAGGUUGCAAAUCACGGGACAACAGAGAUUGCCGUAUUGCUGGAAUCACUUUCCAUAAAUUGCCGAAAAGUACAUGUCGGAGGGCUGUUUGGAUCAACAACUCGGCGCGUCCUGAUUGCUGGGAUCCUCGUACAGAUUUUGUCUACUUUUGCUCAAAGCACUUCACUCCAGACAGCUUCGAACUGACAGGAUGCAGUGGGAUUAGAAGACUAAAGGAAGAUGCGGUUCCCACAAUAUUUGAUUUUACAGCGGGACGAUCCAAGAAAAAGGAGAAUAAGAAGAAUUCAGUUGUGGUCGAACAUGACAGCAGUCAGCAACCAGCUGAACAGUCAAACAGUGUUGGGCAGGAUUCAGUGGCAAACCAAAGUAAGGGGACAACUGAUGAACAACCGAUGGCAAAAGAGUUGAACGGGAGCACGAAGGGCUCCACUACGCCGUCAUCUGACCCCAUCUCACCAUCGCAGUACAUGAGACGCCUCCCACCUCCACCAGGAUUUUAUCUACCCAAGGAGCACAGUUACGCUCAAAUGCACCCCCUGCAGUGGAGAAGACGUUAUGAUCAGGCCAUUGACUCACUGGAGAAAGUGCUCCGACAGCUGCAUGCUGCCCGGCGGAGGGAGAACCGCCUGCGAAGCACUGUGCUCAAGCUUCGUAAUAAAAGCCAGAAGCAGACUUUACCUGUGUCACAAGAGAUAUGCUGCCAUGCAAGACCGCGGAGGGGAGUAGGUAACCAGGAGGAUGGCAAUGCAGGUGAGGAUUCUGGAAGUCUGCCAGACACCAGUGGUUGGAAUGAAGGAACGACUCUUUGCAUGCAUUGUGAUAAAGAGCAACUGAAGGAUAGCGGGCCGGAAGCAUCCAAAAGGGCCUCCAACCAGAGUCUGGAGAACAGCGAUAUUGAAAGUAGUGUGAUAAGAGGUGCACCACAAAAUGUUCUCACAUCAGCAGAACCUCUGUCUUGCACUGAUCAGGAGCUUCAUCUUUCAAUCAUUUGUGACAAGUCAGAGCCAGAACCUCCUCAAGACUCUCAGCAACACUAUUGGAUCCAGGAGAAUGGAGCGUCCCACCUCAUCCUGGUGCCUGUCACUACUGUAGAUGGAAUACAAAGAUUUGUCAAGAUAGACCAGGCUAUUCUCGACCAACAAGCAAUGCUGGUUUCCAGCCGAAUUCUGUCAGGAGAACAGAUACUUUUGAAAGACAAAGAUGGUGUCCUGGAUAGAGAAGAACCUCAUUCUGUUGUCAGAGAAGAUGUGAGAGAGAAACUCAAACAGCAUCUGGAGGGAUUCCACCUCCAACUCAGCACAGAGUUCUCCGUCAGUCCUUGAUGAAACAAACAUUGCGUUUGAGGGUUUUAGAUGUUCAUGCUGUGUUCUGCUUUUGCAUGUUUUUUUCCGCAUUUGACAAAGAUACUUGAUAAAAUGCGUGCAAGUUAUUCCAAAUGUUCUCAGAAAAUAAUUUGCUAUUGUGUGCCAUCACCUUGUUUCCUACCUCCUUUUGUGUUAGUUAAGGUUGAAACCAUUGAAGAGUUUCCAUAUCCUGAGUAUAAAGAACCAUAUUUACUCAAACAACAACCUGAAUUGUAAAUUCCUUCGUAAACAUUUGUCUCCAUGCUUAAAUCAUCAGGAGCUAAUCUGGAGGUGGAUAGACGGGCUGCGUUUUUUCUGAUGCAGUUCUGUAGAACAUUUGUAAUAUUUUUACAAAUGUUCUACAUAUUUUUAAUGUCUGUUUGAAGCCUAAAGUGACUCGUUGUCAAGUAAGUUUCUGAGUUUCGAUGUUUGAGGCUUUUAUGUUUUCGCUUGUUUUUACCUGCCUUCAGCUGCCUCGAGCUAAACACAAGAAAAUGACGGCUGUAGGAAGGCAGGUAAGACAGGGCCGAUAGUUUGAGACCUGCUAAAUUUAAGUGCUGUCUGGAACUAGAUGGAAACUCAAAAAACUGUUUUGUCACUAUUAAAUACGAGCUUUCUUGAAUGAACAGCUGAGGACUCUUGAGUGUGUUCUAGUUUUAUUCUCAAAUGUCUUCUCAUUGUCUCACUCUAAAUCUCUUGGUCUACCUAAAGGUCUGACAGAAUGCACCAUGUUUUCUGGAUACCAACCAUGUUUUUAUAGUGAACACCAGGAUAAUAACCCACUGUUAGAACACGACUGUGUAAAGAAAGUAUUCAUUUGCGAGUAUUGGGUUUCUGUUUUACUUUAAUAUAAAUGCACCCAGCUUCUGAAAUGGCUGAUUUGUAUUUCCUCACAAUUUUGAUUUUCACACCAAAAAGGGUUCUUCUUUUGUCUUCUUCACCCAGAUCGAAUUGACAAAUGUGUAACUGUGGCCUGUUAUGAAUGCUUUGAGAUCAUUCUCUUCCCGCUCUUAGGUGGUGCUCUAAUUCCCAGCCCAACAAUGUCAUCAUACAUAGUGACACACCCUUUAGCUCAGGGAUAUCAACUGAACAGUUCUUUCUGUUUACUGGUUCCCACUCUUGCGCAAACUCCCGCUGACUCAGAAAACCGGAUUGAAGGAAUGUCAUUGUGCCUGUUUGUCUCGGCAGUGAAAAGGUUAACUUUCAGGGGAAAAGUCCAGCCCAACCUCGUUGCAUGAAAAGUUCUACUAAAAGCAUUCCAGAUGUGGAGCUUUGGCUCCUUUCGGUUAAGUUUGUCCACGAUUACUCAGGUGGUUCAUUGCCAAGUAUAAUGUUAUGCAGAAAUACUGCGUGUGUAACAGGCUGCUAGACUUUGGUGGUGCGUGAAAAGCAUUCCAGCCUCUUCUUCCUGGUUAUGUCUCAUUAAGGGGGAGGAUCCUGGAAAACAGGCAGCUGGUGACAGAAGAUCCACUGACACUCGAGAGCAGACAGCCAGACACGCAGCAAGAAAACUUCCCUCCAGAGUCGCCAUG